AUGAGAGUGGGAGAACAUAAACCUCAAACUCACUUCACGGUUGGUGGAAACUAUGUACUCCAGAUGCCAGAUAAAAUUAUUUUGGAAGAAGCAUCGUACCAUCAAAUCAAAGAUUAUCUGAAGGAUAUACUUUUUGAAACAUGGAGCAACAUGAACAUGAUACAAAAAUUAAGCCAAGAUUUCUACUUCAAUAAAGAGGAAACAACAAAGUCGACACUCAAGCAACAACUAUCAGACUUUUGGGAUCAGAAUGGAACUGACAGUACAAAUUCUAAACGCAUCAAAUAUCGUGCUGAAAAACUGCGCUUAUCUUUAACUCCCGUAGUAGAUUCGCGCCCUGUUAGCAUAUUAAUCAAGAAAAAUUUAUCAGAGCAAGAAAAAUUGCACUUUAAAGCCGGUUUCAGCUUUAAUGAUAAACAUGUACUGGAUUUGUCAAAAGCAAGAGCAAUACCCUCAAGAUUCAAAGAUAUAAUUGACUCGGUUUUGAUUGAUGCGGGACUGCAGUUACAUCCUAGAUUGACUAUAUCUGAGUACGAUAUCUUAAUAGAUAACUUGGUCCUUAAGCCGAAAGUUGCAGUUUUAAUAUAA